GUGUAUAGAUGAUAAAUCCACUUGCUUGACAAUCGUGGGCUACUCUAGCUACAUGUUUGAGCUUCCUGUAGCUAGAUGAGAUGGUAUAAAGCUGGAAAUAUGGGCGCUGGACAUAGAGUAUCGGUCACCACUGUUUGACCAUUCCAGCCAUUUGUUCCUCCCGCAACGAUACUCCCAAGUCAACAAGAUGGUGCAAGACGUACAUUUCGGAUCCUUGGUAUACGAGUACCAGACCUUGGAUGUGGCUGGUCCCUUCGAUCUGCUCAACCUCGCGAGCAGACGCGUUGCCGAGUACGGCCUUGCCCACGGUGCCGACGUCUCCCAGGAGACCAUAGACAAAUCUCCGAAUUUCAUCUUCCACCACAUUGCCGAGAGCCUUGAGCCGGUGGCGCUGAUGACGAGCGGCUUCAAAAUCACCCCGACGGAUACUCUCGACAACUGUCCCGACAUCGACUAUCUCUUGAUCGGCGGACCCAUGCCAGAGACGUUUGAGUUCCCACCGAAAUACGUGGACUUCAUCAAGCGCCACCAUGCCGCGGGAAAGACCAUCUUCACCACCUGCACUGGUGCCUCGGCGCUUGCAUCUACGGGAGUUCUCGACGGCAAAAACGCUACUGUCAACAACGUUGAAUACAAUUGGAUUGCGAAACGGUAUCCGAACGUCAAUUGGUCCAAGGACAAGAAAUGGGUCAUCGAUGGUAACAUCUGGACUGGUGGUGGAGUGAUAGCUGGCAUGGACAUGUUUGCACACUGGCUGGAGAAGACGUAUGGGAAAGAUGUUAUGGUCUCAGCCGCAAUGCAAUUGGACUAUGAGCCACGCGAUAUUAACGGCAUAACUGGCGUUAUCCCACUUCGCUACGAUGCUUCGGGAAAGCAGAUUUCAACGACCGUCUUCCCGAAAUGAUAGAUAUGUCAAUGUUGCGGAGAACAGGUCUAAGAUCAAAGAGACUGGCAGAGAGAAUCAGAGCUAGGGACAGAGUAGCUCAACUAUAUAGUCUGAUCUCAUCCGAUUUCAAUACAGUAAUCUGAUUAGGUCUUUACUAUUGCGUCCAAUUGUCUAUUCUGCUUAGUCUCGAUUGUAAAGCGAGAAAUAAGCGUAGCGAUAUAUAUCCGGGCGUUGUUUAAGCUAGC